GGACUUCUUGCCUGCGUAUCACGGGGCAUGGGAGUCCAUUCAAAUGAAUGGGCUCUCUUGCCUACGCAAAAUGCAGCCCGCACGGCCGCAUAUAUGAAACAGCUGAAUAGCGAUCCAACCUCGGUUCCCAGUACAGUUGCGUUUUCCAGUGUGGGCGGCGUGCCAUUAGAACUAAUGGCACCUGCCCACAGCUCCGCAUUCCUCUGUGUGAGUGGUGUGGCUGCAUGAAUUUUUGUGCGGAUCCGCAGCGGCACCACCCGCACAUAUGUGAACCUAGCCUUAAGGU